UGAUAUCCGAAGUGCUAGUUUACUCCAUAUAAAUUAUACAACUGGCGGUGCGAGGGCUUACACAAAGCUAAACUACAGAAACACCAAGUAUUUCGCAGAUUAACGACAAACUAAGUUUGAAUGACACUGAAUUGGGAUUUACAAAUAAGAAUAUUCUGUCAAAGGCUACGUCCCCAAAUAGUUGACUCAGAUACAGAAGUUUACUUAACAGUGCAAACAAAUAAAGGCCAUAUUUUGCUGAUUGUGGAUAAACUUGUACCAUACCAUGUACAAUUUGUUCUUGAAGAAGGCCAGGAGAAUGUGCAAAGCGCAGUCAAUGAAUAUGUGAAUUCUUCUUUCAAAAAUCCAAAUACAACUAUAACCAGCUUAUUCAAUUCAUGCUUACAAAAAUGGGAUACUUUUGCGAAAGCAAGGUUGAAUUCAUCUAAAUCUACUUCAGAGCACGAACAAGGUGAAAAGGAUGCUUCCACCAUUGAAAAAGGACAUGAAAAAUCCAUUGACCAAGUUUCAGAUAAGUUUUCAGACUUGAACAUCAAACAGAAAGAUAUCUCCAACGGGGUUUUCCGUUCUGGCUCCAAAAAUUUGAGGAUACAAUCUUUAGAUUAUGAAAGAGAGGAAAAGGACUUGGGAAGGGAAUUAUUAAAACCAAAUAGUCCAAUUUCUAAGCAGGUGUUAUCUGAAAGGGAAAGUCAUGAUCAGGAUGAUGUUCAUCAAGUCACUUCUUCUCAAAAUCUUCAGACCCCGAAACCUGCUAGAACCGUACAACUUGAAGGAAACGACUACACUCUUGAAUUAACAGACCUCAAUUUGCUGAACGUUGGUGUACUAAAAGCACCAAGGUUGCGAUUGGUGGUAAAAUGUGUUCGCUGUCACUACGGCAAUGAGGCUACUGUCCAGGAAAAAUGUUCAUUAUCCUGUUCAAGAUGCAAUAAUGGUCUUCAAAUCAUAUGGUUACCAGGAACUGUUUAUGUGAAUUCAGCUAGAUUGGGUGUACUUGAUUUGAUCGGAUGUGCACCCGUUGACGUUCUACCCAUUGAUUGUUUUGUUUCUUGUUUGGAAUGCACUGAUGAGCAAAUAAUGGCUUUUAAAGGUCUUUCCUCCAUGCAGCCUAUGGUCCAAUUUUGCAGGUCAUGUAAGACGAGGACAUUAGUUCAGUAUCAGGAUACAAAAUUCCAGUUACUUAAACAACGAGAACAAGCCCUCGGUUCCAAGAAGCCUUCCAAAGGAAACAAGAAACAAAAUCUUGGGAUUGUAAAGGGUACGCCUCUUCCUAAUCGUGGAGCUUGUGAGCACUACAAGAAAUCAUAUCGAUGGUUUCGUUUUCCAUGCUGUAAUCGAAUUUAUCCUUGCGAUAAGUGUCAUGACAUCGAUCAGGAUCAUUUAUAUGAGUAUGCAAAUAGGAUUAUUUGCGGUUAUUGCUCCUUUGAAUCUAUGUAUACCAAAGAAGGAACAUGCUCACAUUGUGGAAACUUCACAACACGUCGCCAAAAAAGUGCUUUUUGGGAAGGUGGACAAGGAAUGAGAGAUCCAAUUCGAAUGAGUAGAAAAGACCCCAGAAAAUACAAGAGAGUUAUUUGAUACGAAUGAUGGAAUACAACCCUGUUUCUAUAGCUCAAGAAAAGUAUAAUGAAAUUUUUAUGAUUAUAGCAUAUAGAACAAAAUACAAUCGAAUAAGGCUAG